AUGACACUAACACAAACAGAGGAACGGCGACACAAACAGACUCCUAUCCUCUCCACGCUGGCCCUGGGUCAAGAAGAUGACUCUCCAAGCCCCAAGAGCUCCUCAGCAGACGGGUCGUCCUCUAAGACGGUGGGUCUUCUGGGGAGUCAGACUCCCCUUUCCCCCCUGAGUCGCUGGAUGCUCCAGAGUAAAAGUCGGGCAGCCAAUGCCACCUCCCUGGAGCUGCCCUACCGCUCACCCAUACCCUUCUCCAAGCAGGAGUUCUGGGAGAUGCUGGGUAGUGACCUGAUGAAGCCAGACACCUCCUCUUCCUCCCGCGUCAAACGCCGGCCCAUUGUCAAGACGGGCAAGUUCAAGAAGAUGUUUGGCUGGGGAGACUUUUACUCUAAUAUCAAGACGGUGCGCCUCAACCUGCUGAUUACCGGCAAGAUCGUAGACCAUGGCAACGGAACGUUCAGCGUCUACUUCCGCCACAACUCCACGGGCCAGGGCAACAUCUCAGUCAGCCUGGUGCCGCCGGUCAAGGCGGUGGAGUUUGACCUGGAGCGCCAGAGCGUGGUCUACCCCAAGGACUCUAAGAUCUUCAACUGCCGCGUGGACUAUGAGAAGGUGGACCGCAGCAAGCGCACGUCGCUGUGCAACUACGACCCGUCCAAGACCUGCUUCCAGGAGCAGACACAGAGCCAUGUCUCCUGGAUCUGUUCCAAGCCCUUCAAGGUCAUCUGUAUCUACAUCUCCUUCUACAGUACAGACUACCGCCUGGUCCAGAAGGUCUGCCCGGACUACAACUACCACAACGAGAUGCCCUACCUGCCCUCGGGCUAG